UUAAAUUAUCACAAUAUUAUUUACUAUAUUGGUAUUUUUCACGUUUUAUUUAUUCUUGGUCCGUUUAAACCGAGCUUAUAACUUUUAAAUGUUUGAUACUGUUCCCGGCUGUUCCAUGUGUAAAUCACGAGUUGUAAAUGCAACUGAAAGACGUACAGCAAUAAUUUUAAUUGUGUAAAAUUAAAAUUUUCUGCUCGACGGUAGACAUUUAUAAUGAAUAAUCUGUCGAUUAGUGAAAAGGCGUUUAAACUUUUGAACGGUGUUGUGUGCUUGUAUAAACCGGCUGGAGUACACUUGAGUGGUUGUCGCCAUUCAUUGCUUUUGAAGUUAACACAAGAGUUGAAUUCAUGCGGUGUUAGAUCUCCAGAAAAUCGUGUGGUCAUUUCCGGGGACACAACAAAAGAACUGAAUGUAAAAGUAGAGCCCAGUUAUGCGGACAAUGUACUUGUCGUUGGUCCCAGGUACCAAACUCAAGACAUUAAGUGUAUUUGGACCACUCAUUUGGGAAAGCGUGUGUCAGGCGUUUGUGUUGUUGGACUAAAUAAGGGUACCAAAAUGGCAAGAAAUCUUCAAAACAACUAUCCAUUGCGAACAUAUCAUUUACACGGGCGAUUGGGAAUUAUGACCAAGAAUAUGCACAUUGAUGGCCAAGUUGUUGAAAAGGGACGUUUUGACUUUGUCAGACGUGAAAAUAUGGAUAAACUUAUGUCUACAAUCCAGGCAUCAAAUCAAAAAAAGAUGUUUGAGCUGGCCAAUGUAGACACUCAAACUCAAACAGCAUAUGAUUUGGCUACAAAAGGGUUGAUUCGACCAGAAUCUACUAAAAAUCCUUUAAUUUAUGGAAUUAAAUGCAUAAGUUUAGAUUUACCAAAUUUUAUUAUUGAAGUUAAUGUUAUUAAUGAAUAUGAGAAUUAUUUAUUAUCAUUAGUCCACGAAAUAGGACUUAAGUUGAGAUGUUCAGCAACAUGUACUGCUAUACGCUGUAUAAGAUAUUCAUCGUUUACCAUUCAACAAGCACUCCUAAUGAAACAUUGGAAUCUUCAAUUUGUAUUAGAAAAUAUGAAGGAAUGUAAUUCUGCUUACGAAAAAAUGAGUAAACUACCUUCAUUUAUUACUGAACAAUCUUAUUUUGAAUCUAAUCAAAAAAUGACUGAUGUACAAUAAUUUUAGUAAGUUAUAUAAUAUUUAUUUGUUACUCGUAGUAUUCAAAAGUUCAUUAUUCAAAUUUUA